AUGUAUGGGAAUCCAAACAGAGUUAGGUUCACAGAUCCUAACUUUGAAGAAACUGUGCAAAGGUGGUUUGAAGAAUGUGACGAAGAGUUUUCAGAUCCAGAUGCAGAUCCUGAGAGCAAUAUUACAUCCGAGAAUGCCAUCACAAGUGAUCACGAAACGGGGAGUGAGCUUUCUUACAGUGCUUCUGAUGAUGAUGGUCAAGAUGUUACUGAAAGUGGAGAGGACAGUGAAACAAGUGAGCCAGUUAAAAAAUAUUUCUACGGAAAAAACAGAUACAAAUGGGCUUCUACUGAACCAACCCGAAAUGUUCUGUAUUUGACAACAGCCUUCUCUGCAAAGUACCUUCUUCGUAAUGAAAGAGGAGGUUCCCUUGCUUCAGCUAAGAUUGCUGGACACGGUUUUAUACAGGAAAAGACCGGUACUGCUCUUGCCAAGGGGCUUAUUAUGGCACUUUUCAUAGACAAACAAAACGGCCCACGGUGGGUUUGCCUUUGCGCUUGGUGGGUAGCUAGGGUGGGACUCUCCUGGCCAGCCGACAGAAUGCGAAGUCUUAGUUCCGUCCUGCACGUUUGCGCAUGGGGAUUCCCCGCCGCUCAAACAGUUGCGGCGCUAGUACGCAGAGAUGUUGAUUCAGAUGAACUAACAGAUUCAGCGCAGAUUAAUAGAAAAGCUAUCAUUGGAGAACCAGUGGUGGUAGCUGUCCGACCAGAUGAUCCCAAAUUUGAAGAAACUCUGUUACGAUGGAAUGAAGAACUCGACAAUGAACCUGAUUCAGAUAAUGACGGCACUGACUAUGACGACCAUGUUUCAAUUCGGUCCGACAGGGAGAGCACCUACUCAACGGAUGAUAGUGAAGUAGAGAGUGAGACAGAACAACAACUUCCUGGCAAAGUAAUAAAAGGAAAAAAUGGACAUAUUUGA